CAAAGAAACCUCUCUUUAUUUAUAAGUAACCCUAAAACAACUCUUAUUCUCUUUUCGUCACAAAGAAUUCGAUCCCAAUAAUGGACCGACGUAACCCUUUUCACCUUCACGACCAUCAACUUUAUCAGUUAUUCCAACAGCAACAGCUCACUCCACCGCCGCAGAGCACGACGGCGGCGAUGGAUCUCGGUGGAGGUGGUGAGAGAAUACCAAAGUGGAGCAUAGAUGAGACAAAGGAGCUUUUGGGUAUAAGAGAAGAGCUAGAUCAGACUUUCAUGGAAACCAAACGUAAUAAGCUACUUUGGGAAGUCGUCGCCUGUAAAAUGGCCGACAAGGGUUUUGCUCGGAACGCGGAACAGUGUAAGAGCAAGUGGAAGAACCUCGUCUCUAGAUACAAGGUGUGUGAAACGACUGAGCCAGAACCUAUUAGGCAGCAAUUCCCAUUUUACAACGAGAUCCAAUCGAUUUUCACAGCAAGAAUGCAAAGAAUGUUGUGGUCAGAACCAAGAACUUCUUCUAAGAGAAAACAUAAUCAGUUUUCAUCUGACGAAGAAGUAGAAGAAGUUGAGGAGCUAAAUCAAGACAUCAACGAGGAAUUAUUGUCUUUCGUCGAGACACACAAGAAAGAUGCAGAAGUGAUUACUACAAGUACUUUUACUAAUCCAAAAAAACGUGCGAAAAAAGGAAAAGGCACUAGCAAAGCUGAAGUCGCGGGUAGUACAUUGAAAGAAAUGUUGGAGGACUUUAUGAGGCAAACGGUGAAGAUGGAGAAAGAAUGGAGAGAUGCAUGGGAGAUGAAGGCGAGAGAGAAGGAGAAGAGAGAGAAAGAGUGGCAGCGGAGAAUGGCGGAGCUAGAGGAGGAGAGAGCCGCCGCGGAGAGGAGGUGGAUGGAGAGAGAGGAUGAGAGACGGCUGAGAGAGGAAGCUAGGGCUCAGAAGAGAGAUACUCUCAUUGAUGUUUUGCUUAAUCAGAUUAACAGAGAUCAAGAUGAUGAUCAACAUCAAGGCUUCUAA